AUCUGAAACGAAAACGGGAAAUAGAAAAUGCUCGGGCGUAAAAUUGGAAAUUUUUAGGCAACAAACGGGAAUGGGCUACGAGGGAGAAGGAAAUGGAAAUGGAAAUGAAAAUGUAACUGGAAAUAGAGGGGGAAAGGAGAAGGGUGGGAGGAAGCGGUAGGAAUCGGCAUCGCGCUGGCCGAUGUCGACGUCGACGUCGAUGCCAAUGCCGACAUUGACGAAAGCGUCGAGAGGCGAAGGCGUCGGCGGUAAAGGUGGUAAUGGCGGUGAAGGUGGUGGUGAAGGUGGUAAAGAUAGUAAAGGUGAUAGAGGUGGUAGAGGCGCUCGCUUGGUUGCGGUAACGACGCGACUGUGUCGGUGCACGGAAAAGGAUCAAUGAGCAGGUUCAAUAACCUGAAAUCCACUUGACGUCCGACUACCUAUUGGUACGAGUGACUGCGUCGCUUCAACAACCAAAAUAGAUAUUCAUUUUCCAAGAGUGCUAUUUUCCCAGCCAGACACAAAUCCAAUACCGCCGAUUUAAGUGCUCCGCUCGGGUCAAAGACCCGACAGCGGCACGCGAGCAUUCCGAAUAUCUCGAGAGUUUUUCUCGAAAGCGCGAAUCGCGACCAGCCACUCGGUACCAUCGAAUUCGAGUCGAAUCAUUUCGGCGUUGUUCGAUAAAAGUAGAGGUUCGACCGCGGAAUUAGUUCAUCCUUUUUAUAAACGAUAGGAGCCAGGAAAACAAUACGUAUCACAUUACGGUUAAGGAAAACUGUGUACGAAACUGUGUUUUCUUUACAGCUUACAAUGCUUGGGAAGUAUUCGAGAACAAACGAGGACGAAGCGUCGAGCGGUACGUCGUACUUGGCGCACUGGCUAAAUGCGAGUCAGUACGUAAGCACAAUACGCAUUUCGAGGCGCAUCGGGGGUGAAACGAUCGGGGAACGAGCGUUCGUGACUCCCUAUUUACCAGAGAGGGUAAGUGGGCCAAGGGGGGCCAAUAGGGGCCAACAGGGGUCACGCGGGGCUAAGAGGGUGCGCGUCGAACUAAAGGGAACGUGAAAGAAGCAGCGACGUUAUUCGAUCGAAAUGAUGACAGAAAUCGUCCGUCAAAGAGUCGAUGAAAUCGAGAACGGACGAUGUCGGAAAAGAAAAUUCGAUCGGUCCCGUUGAAUAGGUUCCAAACCGAGCGAGAAAUCAGCCGAAAGAAAUUGAGAUAGCGAACGGAACUUUCGGCAGAAAGCCGAGAAUCGUAUCGAAACGAUUGAUCGCAAGAAUUCGCUAGAAAUUGUUUUUGAGCGAUGUUUAAUUUUGCGUCGAGUUCGAUUAGUUCUCGCUAACCGACCGCGAGAUCGAGAUCCCCGAAAAGAAACAAUCGAAGAGACAAUUAACCUCGUUAAACUUCUGAUUCGUUUCGAAAUUCGGGAAAGCGACAAAAUCUAACCGUACAAACGAAAAACUAUGUCGUUGAAGUGGCUAAAGAAUUGGCAGCAUGAGAAUCAGAGUUCCGAAGGUAGUUCGGAAUCAACCUCGCAUUCGACUCAGUCCGCUAAUGAGGUAGAAGAAGAUGAUCUGACGUGUUGUCAUCGAAUGACCGUGUUCAGUCCUCGGAUACGAAACAUCCUGAUAACGGAACCUGUAAUGAAAUGGUUAGGGCAGCAUGUCACAUGGGAGCAUUUGUUCUCACUGACGACCAACGCAGGAAUCGUGUUGAUCGUCUGGGUGUUCUUGUAUUUCCUGCUGGGCAAUACGAUGCUACCGCGCAACAACGGCUUCGGCUUCUACAUUCUGCUGAUACUUUCUAAUUUGCUUGGUCGGAUUAUAUCGUCGAUCCCGUACCUGAAUCUCCCACCGGUACUUGGGAUGCUGUCAGCUGGUAUGAUCGUCCGCAACACGGGACUCUACGACAUCCACCAGGACCUCGGCAGCUCGAACGCCGCUAAAAUUCGAACAUUUUGCCUAACCUUCGUCGCGAUACGAGCUGGAAUCCAACUGUCGACCACUAGUUUGAAAAAGAACCCGGUCUUCGUGAUCAUCCUGGCUAUCAUACCCUGUACGAUGGAGAUGCUCAUACUCACUUUGUGCUGCAGAUACAUUCUACUGUAUCCUUGGAACUGGUCUUUUAUGACCGGAACGAUACUCGCCUGCCUGUCACCGGUAGUGACCGUGAACUGUGUCCUAGCUUUGGCCGAACGAGGUUACGGCGAAGACAAAGGACUCGCUACUAUACUCUGCACCGCCGCCACCUUGGAAAACGUGCACGUUGUUUCGCUGUUUGCUAUCUGUUACGCGAACGUUUUCACCAACGACGAAGGAAGAACAGAAUGGUGGUCCUUCGUGCCCGCUGGCCUUCGUGACGCGUUACUGGCAAUUGGAACGGGAGUUUCCCUCGGCAUUUUCUUAGUGUUUUUCCCGCAUCGUAGUCACGAAUACGUGACCUGGUAUCGCAUGAUAGGCUUGGUGUUCGCCUCCGUGAUGUGCACCACGGCGACAGCGCAAGUAACGAUCUCGGGCGGAGGAUACUUGGCCGCUAUGGUUCUGUCGUUCGUUGCUAUCACCGGCUGGAAAAUCUUGGCCGAUUCUUAUGACACGACGCUUAUUCGACGCACGGCUUUCGUCCUCUGGCAGUUGGUGCAACCGAUCUUGGCCGGAUUAGUAGGCGCCGACAUGGAUAUCGAGCGCUGGACCUGGUCUCGAUUCGGACUUCAUGUGACAUGUAUCCUGCUUGGGCUAACGGCGCGUAGUCUUGGUAUCCUGAUUAUCACCUACGGUGGACCGUUCACGUGGAGAGAAAGAGUGUUCAUGGUCAUCUGCGGGUUACCAAAAGGCACUUUACAGGCUGCGUUGGGACCAAUGGCGUACGAACGAGCGCGACGUGAAGCAGACGACUGGACGAUGGACCUGGCUCAGGACGUGGUCGAAGUGGCCUUCGUGACGAUGUUGUUGUUGGCGCCGCUCGGAUCUAUUCUCAUAAAUCAUACUGGACCGCUUCUUCUCAAAAGAGUAUCUAAACGAGAAGAGCGAAGAAAACGCGAGCUGAGUUACCUUCGAAUCCUUAGCCUUCAGCCUCUUCCGCGUUACUCAAUCAGAGAAAGGGAAAGAAAGCGGCGGGUUGCGAACGUCGUGACCGCUUGAACGACCGCUUCCAUUCCGUGCUACCGAUAACCUGUCCUCCUUCGCGAAACAAUAGCCACCGUGGCUCAUUUUCUUUUCUCUUCUCCUCUCUCCUCUCCUCUCCUCACCGCGCCUUUCAUCAACGCGCAACUUCUUUAGGCUCUGCUCCUCGCCGCGCUUCUUUUUUCUUCUUUUCGCAACACCUCCUUUCUCUUCCUUCUCCUCCUUCACCGCUGCUUUAUUUCUUAUCAAAGUGUCCAGACGAAGCGAAAAAUUUCCGCACGAAUAUUUGUAUUGUUUUUUUCGAAGUGCGUCGACGUUGUCGUCGCGAUGCGUCUCGUCGUCGUUGCAUCAUCGUCGAACCGCCGCUAAAUCGAGCCAAUUCCCAAUGUUUUGGAUCGCAUCGCGUCAAUCGACUUAACUUUUCAUUCAUUGUAUCUGUGAAACAAAAGACAACUUCUGUACACUGUUCUAUUCAUGGUAGAACAUUAUUCUCUGUUUUCCCUCUCCCUUUUCAUUUCGUAUUUAAACAAUUUAUCCCGCCUUAUGAAACGUACCUAUUAACCGCAGUACUUUGAGUCUUCGAUUCCAUAAUCAUGUACUCACAAUCAAAUCCUGUCUCCUUUUUCCAUGCUCGAAAAGAAUGCUUUCGUUCUAAUGGCUUUGAAGUAAUUUACGCUACAGCUUACUCGUACUAUCACAUACAUGUGCUGACAGGUUUGAAUGCCAUCCAUUUUAGUCACCUGCAAUUCCACCGAAAAUGUUUUUAAUUGUUAUAUUAUAACGAAAUAAACAUCUUCGUUUACGAGUAAUUUUCUGUUUGUCAUGUAUUUUAUGUCGUUACGCUAUUAUGGAUCAAUCAGAUUUCCAAUAAAAUUAGCUGCACUAAAAAGAAAUGUCGGUACAACAAUGGUCUCUUUUACUUUUUGCGACUUCUGCAUUUCUUUAUUGUUAGAUUUUCUUUUCAAAUCGGAUUCAAUUAUACGAGUGGUGCUAUCUAACGGUAAAUGACAAAAGUAAUUGUGCGCAGCGUAUCGAAUAAGGAACAGAACAAAACUCGUUAGUAAAUUGAACAACGCAUCAAAGAAAAUCGAUGACAUGGUUUGGAAAGUAAUUAAAAGAUAUCGAUCAAAAUUUUUAUUGAUUCGAUAUCAAACAAGAAGUGUCUUUUGAAACUCAUCGUCGUGUGAGGAUCUGCCUUUCGGUUCUAUCUUACCGUGUCAAGUUUCCAAACUAGAAUCGCGCGAGUUUAUGACAAACGUAGCCUCGCGGUUGUAAAUGUUUGGAUACCGUUGCAAGAUUGUGCGCGUAACACUCGAACACUUUGGGGCAUAACACGAUAACCAGAAGAUACUAGAAUGAUCUAGACUCGACUCAACGAUGCUUGGUAUAAUUGUGUCUGGUCGACUGG